AUGUACUACAGUAGCGACCUUCACUUUGGCAAGGUGGAUCAUUUGACCUCAGCCUUACUUGAUGAGCAAUGUGCCAUUGGAAAAAUGGAUAGGACUCCCAGUGCCUCCCCAGAUGUGGGAAAGCACUCUCCCCUGGCUCUUUUAGCUGCUACUUGCAGCAGGAUUGGUCAGACAGCAGGAGGCCCUACCGAGUUUCUCCAGGUUCCCUACGAUCCAACAAUUCAAUCUCCAUCUAGGAUUUUUCACCCGUGGACUAAUGAUAUAACUACACAUUCUCCAGGUGGGAUCCCUUCUCACUGCAGUCUUGGAAUUGCCACUCCCAAAACUCAACUUUCAGCUCACCUUCAGUCUUCUUUUGUCUCUCACGAACUUCCCCUGACACCCCCUGCAGAUCCCUCCUAUCCAUAUGAGUUUUCACCUGUUAAGAUGUUGCCGCCUAUGGCCACAUUCCAGUCUUCUAACUGCCAGUCAGCCUAUGUGUCUGCUGUUCCUUAUGCUUCUGCAGCCCCAAUCGCUUCUGCUAUUCAUAGUUUUGUACCUAGACAUUCAAACCUGAUACAUCAGCAGCCAAGGCAGCUGUCUCCCAAUCCUGCAGAAGACAUACCAUGGUGGAGUAUUCAACAAACCACUCCAGUAAACCAUCCAUCUCCUAUUCCCAAUCAUCAUCAUCAUCAUCAUCAUAGAUUUCCAAUGCAGGGGGGGUUGGUUCUUGGACAUUCAGAAUUUGCACAAUACCAGACUCAAAUUGCAGCCCUUUUGCAGACCAAGUCUCCCCUAGCUACUGCCAGGAGAUGUAGAAGAUGCAGAUGUCCAAACUGUCAGUCUUCAAAUGGUCCUGAUGAGCCUGGCAAGAAAAAACAGCAUAUAUGCCAUAUCCCUGGUUGUGGAAAAGUAUAUGGCAAAACUUCUCACUUAAAGGCUCACCUGAGGUGGCAUUCUGGUGAAAGACCAUUUAUUUGUAACUGGCUUUUCUGUGGAAAAAGUUUCACAAGAUCAGAUGAAUUACAAAGGCACUUAAGGACUCACACUGGAGAAAAGCGAUUUGUCUGUUCCGAAUGUGGGAAAAGGUUCAUGAGAAGUGACCAUCUGGCUAAACAUGUGAAAACACAUCAAAACAAGAAGAUGAAAGGGGUAGAAAGAACUGUGAAACAGGAACAUAGCCGGGACUGCUAGAUAAAGCUUGAUAAACAUCUAUAUAGUGCAAUAAACAGUCAUACAUGGUUCUUUAUUCUGAUAAUCUCUGAUAGUUACUAAACUUGGAUUAUGGAAACCAUUCAAAUUUAACAUUGGAGUAGCACAAACCAUAUGGGAAAGCUUUCAUUGUACAUUAAUGUUUCUUUGGAUAUCAUAAAGAUACACACAACGCUUGGACUGUUUGUAUUUUUUUGUUAAAAGUGUACAUAAAAUGGAAAUGGAAGGAGAAAACAAAGAAAACACAUUUUCUGAAUUUUAAAGUUUUGUGCAAACUAUUUAAUGGCUGUAUCAAACUCCUGUUUUUAUCCUGUUCAUUUCAGCAUGCAUUAUUAAUUGUGUAACAGGGUGUAUAACAUCACCAUCAAAUAAACAAUGAAGUCACUUGUUAAGAGGGCUACAUCUAAA